AUGGUCGGCUUUGCGCCGUCCGUGCUGAUCGGGGGCCCUGCCGCCGUCGCGCCGCUGCUGCAAGGGCUGAGGGUGGGCUGCAGCGGCGACGACGCGGUAGACGUCGCCGGGGACGCGCGGCCGCUGCUAGUCGGCUGCACGCUGAUGGCGCGCAAGGUGGGCCUACGCGCGUAUGAGCGCGCCCGGCCGUCGCUGCGCCACAUCACCCUCAGCUCGUGCGGCGCACAGGGUCUUCUGCUGCAAGAGCGCGCCGCCGCGGCCCUGGACCGCUGCACGAUCAGCGGCUGCGGCGAGGAGGGCGCCGUCGCGGCCGGUGAGGCGCAGGCCGAGCUGGCCGGUUGUGUGGUCGAGCGCUGCGGCGGCCCUGCGGUUGACGCGAGCGGGCAGGCAUACGUAAGGCUGACGGGCUGCGACCUGCGCGGGUGCGUGGGCGGCCUGUGGAUGUGGGACGCCGCUGUCGCGCACGUGGAGGGCACGCGCGUCGCGUCGGACGGCAGCUACGCGGUCCUGAUGGACAGCCGCGCCAGCAGCACCUCUGGGGGCGGCAACCACGUGGACGGCCUCGCGUUCGUGGCAGAGGCAGACGGCGCCCCCGCGCCCUGCAAGCUGGCCGCCGCUGCGGCUGCUGCGGCGGCGGCGUCGUCCGCCGCGCGCGACGGCGCCGCGGCAGACGGCGAGUGGAGGGAGGGCCGCGGCAAGGGGGCCGGCGCGGGCGGCGGCGCGGCGGGGGCGUGCUUGGUGCAGGCCGGCAUGCUGCCGCCAGACGCGAGGGCCGCAGCAGCGGCGUUUCCGCCGGAGGUGGAGCCGUUCGUUUUCAAGCCUUCCCCGUUCAGGGUGUAG